AUGGAGGAGGAGGAUUACAACAUCUCCCUCAGCUAUUACGAUGAGUACCUCGAGGACACAGCCUCCAUUGUCGUCUUGGAAGAGGUGUCCCCCCACCGGGAAGUCACAGUGGCCAGGACCUUCCUGGUGGUGGUGUACAGCGUCGUCUGCUUCCUCGGGAUCCUGGGCAACGGCCUGGUCAUUGUCAUCACCACGUUCAAGAUGAAGAGGACCGUGAACACCGUGUGGUUCCUCCACCUGGCCGUGGCCGACUUCCUGUUCAACGUCUUCCUGCCCUUCCACAUCGCCUACGCCGCCAUGGACUACCACUGGGUGUUCGGGAAGGCCAUGUGCAAGCUCAGUAACUUCCUGCUCAUCCACAACAUGUACACCAGCGUCUUCCUGCUGACCGUCAUCAGCUGCGACCGCUGUGUGGCCGUGCUGCUCCCGGUCUGGUCCCAGAACCACCGCGGGGUCAGGCUGGCCUACAUGGCGUGCACGGUGAUCUGGGUCUUGGCCUUCUUCCUGAGCUCUCCGUCCCUCGUCUUCCGGGACACGACCAAUCAUCACGGGAAGAUCUCCUGCUUCAAUAACUUCAGCCUGUCAGCAGCCUCACCAUCUGCUCAUGGGGAACCGGACUCCACCGCGUACACUCGGCACGUGGUGGUGACCAUCACCCGCUUCCUCUGUGGCUUCUUGAUCCCUGUCCUCAUCAUCACAGCCUGUUACCUCACCAUCGUCUGCAAACUGCAGCGCAACCGCCUGGCCAAGACCAAGAAACCCUUCAAAAUCAUCGUCACCAUCAUCAUCACCUUCUUCCUCUGCUGGUGCCCCUACCACACGCUCUAUCUCCUGGAGCUCCACCACACCAAGGUGCCUGGCACCGUCUUCAGCCUGGUCUUGCCCUUUGCCACCGCCCUUGCCAUUGCCAACAGCUGCAUGAACCCCAUUCUGUAUGUGUUCAUGGGUCAGGACUUUAAGAAGUUCAAGGUGGCCCUCUUCUCCCGCCUGGCCAAUGCUCUGAGCGAGGACACAGGUCAUUCCUCCUUCCCCAGCCACCGGAGCUUUACCAAGACGCCAUCGAUGCAUGAAAAGGGCUCCACGCAUGAGCGAGAGACCAGCGUGCUUUGA